GCAUGAGUUUGUUAUAGGGCCCAGAUAGGGCCUUGAGUUUGUUGUGGUUUUUGAAGACUGUUGUGGGGACGUUGAUGAUAGUUUAGUGAAAUAGCUUUUAGCAUUUUGGUACCUAUGAGUUAGAUUAUUCGAUUCUUGUUAAAAUGAACUCGUCAAUAAAUAUCAAAGAUGAAUCAGAACAUUACCGUGUGAAAUAUUCAAAACUAAAACGCAAGCUUAAAACAUUGGUGUUUGAAAACGAGUCCUAUCGUGACGAGUUGCAGCGCUGCCAGCGGAAGCUGCUAAAGCUGAACCGCGACAAGAGUUUCCUGCUGGACCGGCUGUUGUUGUACGAGACAGCAGUCAACUCGUCUGACUCGGAGAGCACUGAGGACUCGGACACCGAGCUGGACACCAAGCACGCCCGGAGAAAGAUCGAUACUGGCGCAGAACGUUCCCCGGUGAAACGAAAAAAGCAGAUCAUCAAGAAUAAAAGCCAGGCGUCUCGAGCGCAGGUGUCUCGCGCGUUCAGCGACUCGGGCCACAUGACUCCCGAGGAGGUGGAGCGUCACCUGGAGACGCGCACGGCCGUCCGCCGGCGGGACCUGGUGCCCGAGCGGGCGCCGCUCACCGUGCCCCGCCAGCUCUUCAGCACGGAGGAUGCCGAGGAGGGCCGCGAGUCGGCCGGCACCGCCAGCAAUGUCGAGGAGGAGGGACUCGUCAUCGACUUUCCAGAGUGAGCGGCGGAGUGGGAGGGGUGGAAGGUGGGAUGGGAAAGCGGGGAAGGGGCUAACGGUGUGGGGAGUGGGUUAGAGUGUGAAGUGGUGGGAGGGUUUAAGCUGUACAGAGGACUGCGACUGUUACGUCGCCCGUCGAUGACGUAGGAAUGGGAUCGGGAUAGUGGAGUGUUAACGCAAAGUUAACGAACGAACUGUUAGCGUCGUUAGAUCUCUUUGUACGUUCAUUUGUAUUCGUUUGUGCGCACAUUGACCGUUUCGUGCGGGUUGAUUUGUAAGGGACGUAUUUUGACGGGGCCUGAUGGGCAGGCACUGACACAGCUCGGCUUCCGUUAAAUCGGUGGGUGGUGCUGCCUCAGGGGGCUCACGUGGGUCCGGUGGACGCGGCACUUGUAUAGCCCACGCUGGCUUAUGUGGUUUCUCAGAGUCAGAACUGUGACACAUAGUCGCGGUUGUGUACGUUCAUGACGUAAAUAUCGCGGUUGUCAUUGUUUCACGUAGUUAUUUGCCUGACCAUCUCUCAUAACGCUGUCACUCAUGUUCAUCGAUAUAUAUAGUCAAUUUUGGAAACGAGAUUGAUAACUGAUCAACUGCUCGGUCAUGUUCCCCGGACAUUACGGUAGACUCCGGUCAAUAAACAUGGAUCGUGCGCUACCAGUUAUGGAUCGUGCAUCCACCCAGUUAUC